AUGGCAACUUCGCUAUUUCUGCGUACGAGUAGACCGAUGCUGUCUCUCGUGCGUCUGCGUAGUCUGACCUUUUCACCUUCCUUAAAAAAUGCUCGUUUCGCCACGCCAAUGCUAACCACCAUUCGCACUAAAGCGUCGACCGUAAAUGCAUAUCAAGAGGCACCCUCUAUUAAUGACGCAUUUUUACAAGGCAAUGCAGCGACUUAUAUAGAGGAAAUGUAUGAAGCAUGGAAGAAGGAUCCAAAAUCAGUUCAUCUGUCAUGGCAGGUAUAUUUUCGAAACAUGCAGGCCGGAAUUAAACCCGAAAUAGCAUACCAACCUCCACCAACGCUGAUUCCGCUUACUGGUGCGGGAACAUUUGCGUCGCCUGACAUCGAAUCUGUAUCAGCUGACGUGACUGACCAUAUGAAAGUGCAAUUAUUGGUAAGGGCCUAUCAAGUUCGUGGUCAUCAUGUCGCAAAGCUAGAUCCACUCGGAAUCACAACUGGAGAUAAAGAUACAGCCGCUAGGGAACUUGCGCCGGCUCAUUAUGGAUUUACAGAGAGGGAUUUAGACAAAGUAUUUUCUUUAGGUCCGGGUAUACUGCCAGGAUUUGCUUCCACGACUCCAUAUAUGACGCUACGCGAAAUCGUAGAAGCAUGUCAGAAGACGUAUUGUGGAACUAUAGGGAUUGAGUAUAUUCAUAUUCCGGAUCGAGUCCAAUGUGAUUGGAUUAGAUCGCGUAUUGAAAUUCCUCGGCCAUUCCAAUAUACCACUGCCGAGAAGAGGAUGAUACUUGAUCGAUUGAUUUGGUCAGAUUCAUUUGAACGCUUUGUAGCAACAAAAUACCCAAACGAAAAACGGUUUGGAUUGGAAGGAGGUGAGAGUUUGAUUCCGGGAAUGAAAGCGCUGAUUGAUAGAUCCGUCGACCUGGGAAUCGAAUCGAUAGUACUUGGAAUGCCGCACAGAGGUCGUUUGAAUGUAUUAAGCAACGUUAUUCGUAAGCCCAACGAAUCGAUUUUCUGUGAAUUCCGUGGUACAACUGGUCCAUCAGAGGAAGGCUCUGGAGACGUGAAGUACCACUUGGGGAUGAACUAUGAUCGUCCGACACCUUCUGGCAAGCGCGUUCAUUUAUCAUUGGCUGCAAAUCCUUCUCAUCUGGAAGCUGUCGAUCCUGUAGUACUUGGAAAAACACGUGCUAUCCAGUUCUAUAUGAAUGAUGAAGCUUUCCGACAUCGAUCAAUGGCGUUAUUGCUACACGGUGAUGCUGCGUUUGCCGCUCAGGGAGUGGUAUAUGAAACAAUGGGUUUCCACGAUCUUCCUAACUAUACGACCGGGGGUACUGUUCACAUUGUAGUAAAUAACCAAAUUGGUUUCACUACAGACCCACGUUUUGCUCGCUCGACACCGUACUGUACGGAUAUCUCUAAAGUAGUUAACGCGCCAAUUUUCCAUGUCAACGGUGAUGAUGUGGAAGCAGUUACGUUUGUAUGUCAACUGGCUGCUGAGUGGAGACAGACGUUUAAAAAGGAGGUGGUUAUUGACAUUGUCUGCUACCGAAAGUAUGGGCACAAUGAAGUUGAUCAGCCUAGCUUUACACAUCCCAGAAUGUACAAGCAAAUCAGUAAGCAAGUGCCAAUAUUAGAACAGUACGUGCAAAAAUUGAUUAAGGAUGAUGUCUUUACCGCAGAAGAGAUUGCGGAACACAAAAAGUGGGUGUGGGAAUUGUUAGAACAGAGUUAUGCUAAGAGCAGUGGCUAUGAAACAACAAGUCGAGAAUGGUUAUCGAGUUCAUGGAAUGGCUUCAAAUCUCCUAAAGAAAUUGCAGAGGAGAUAGUACCAUCUUAUCCGAGUAGUGCCACUAUCGAGUCAUUAAAACACGUUGGUGAAGUAAUUAGCACACAUCCUCCGCACUUUAAUAUUCAUUCGGGUCUAACAAGAAUCUUGAAAACAAGAGCGGCGGCAAUUAAGAGCGGCGAUAAUAUUGAUUGGCCGACUGCUGAAAGUCUAGCUUUUGGUACAUUACUUUUGGAGAACAAACACGUGCGUCUUUCUGGACAAGAUGUCGAACGUGGCACGUUUUCACAAAGACACUCUGUCCUUCACGACCAGGAGACCGAGGAGCAAUACGUUCCAUUGAAUGACUUGGGUCAUGGACAAGCUCAUUUCACCGUCUGCAAUUCGUCUUUAUCUGAAUUUGGUACUCUUGGAUUCGAGCUUGGGUAUUCUCUAGUAAACCCUAACUCACUUAUAUUAUGGGAAGCACAAUUCGGUGAUUUUGUUAAUAAUGCACAAUGCAUUAUUGAUCAGUUCAUCGCUGCUGGUGAGAAGAAAUGGUUGCAAAGAACAGGCUUGGUUGUUUUACUGCCACAUGGAUACGACGGGCAGGGACCAGAACACUCCAGUGGAAGGUUGGAGAGGUUCUUACAAUUGUGUGACGAGCACCCUUACAUAUUUCCUUCACCCGAGAAGAUGGCAAGACAGCAUCAAGAUUGUAAUAUGCAGGUUGUAUACCCGACCACACCCGCUAAUUAUUUCCACGCGUUGAGAAGGCAGAUUCAUCGUGAAUUUAGGAAGCCGCUUAUCUGCUUUACAUCCAAAUCUCUUCUUCGACAUCCAAUGGCGCGAUCAUCUUUAUCCGAAAUGACAGGCAAAUCUUAUUUUAGCCGUUACAUCCCGGAUCCCCAUCCAGAUCACCUCGCUCCACCCGAGAAAAUCACACGUUAUGUUCUCUGCUCUGGACAAGUAUAUUACGCUUUAUUGAAAGCGAGAGAGGCAAACAAGAUAAAUAAUGUCGUGAUAUCCAGACUAGAGCAAUUUAAUCCUUUCCCGUUUGAUCUCGUGGCCGAGCAUAUCGAUAAGUAUCCCAACGCCGAAAUAGUUUGGGCUCAAGAAGAGCCUUUGAACUCAGGUGGAUGGACACAUGUAGCCCCCAGGAUUCGUACUGUUGCCAAUAACACCAAGCAUCAUAAAGAUAAAGCUGCUAAACCGGCUACUCGACCUCCAACUGCAUCCCCUGCCACUGGAAACAAGGUACAACAUAUCCAAGAGGAACAUGAACUAUUAGCUGAGGCAUUAGUUGGUGGACAUGUUGAAUCAAAGAAUGUCAAUGGUGUUCCCGUAUGG